AUGAUGAUAGUGGAUACACAACAGAGGCAUCCUCAAGGCAAGGGACUGGACUUUGUAGAUGAAGAACUGGCCAAGGGAUAUUCCUUAACAGAAGUAAGAUGCAUUCAUAUCGGGCUUCUUUGUGUACAGGAUGAUGCUGCAAAUAGGCCGACCAUGCCGGAAGUUGUUUUCAUGCUAAGCAGUGAGACAGAUGCUCCACAACCUAAGCAGCCUUCUAUACUCGCUGGAGGGAUUCCGUCUCAUUGUUUGACUCUUCACGACAGGAAAUACAAUUAUGUGACCAUCUUUCAUUACAAGCAGUAUGUGAGCUGGGUUCAGAACGUCGUGAGACAGUUCGGUCCAUAUCCGGUGUGGGCGUUAGAGCAUUGA